AAUAACCUUUGAUCAAACUAAUUGGUCGAUUGAAGUGAAAAUCUGGCAAAACAGACAACAUUCUAUUUCCGACGAAGAUAUGAAACAGGAAACUUUGUCGUCUCCGGAAAUUGCUUCAAUCUUGGAAAACUCAAGGGAACUCGAUCGGUUAACGUUCGAAAUCAACAAGCUUCACAAGAAGCUUCAAGCUACCCCUGAGGUAGUUGAGAAACCUGGCGAUUCUUCAUUGUCGAAACUGAAAACUUUGUAUAUUCAAGGUAGAGAUCUUUCAGGGAAAGAAGUAACGAAUGAACUUUCUGGAUAGCAUUUGUAUUUCGGGUACCAUGUCCAUUGUUUUUUACCAACCACCGUUUUGGCAUUGAUAAGUAUUUCCAGCUUGUUAGUAAGUCAGCUUGAUGCUUUCUUGCCAUCUGGACCUCCGGGACAACAACAAAGAAAGAUGGGUGUGUGCUAUUGGACAUUUCAGUUGCUUUAAAUCCCUUUGCAUAAUAAUAUUUAGGCUCCGUUUGAUUGGCACUUUGCUUUUUGAUUUUUGUACCUCGUUUUCAUUUUAUUUAUGCUUUAAUAUUUAUCGAGG